CAGAAUGUCGCCCCCGACCGCGUCACGGUGCGAGGACAGAUUGAGGACCGGCCUUGUUCUAGAAUCUUCGCUCCUUUGUUGCGGGAGGACGAGUGGUCGCCAACGUGUGAGCGGCGAUGGCUGUGGAGGAGCCCGGGCUGGCGGCCGCCUGGAACCGCCUGAGCGCCGGCCUGGGCCUGGGCCUGGGCCUCGGCCUCGCCCCACCGGGACCGGAGGUUCCUGGAUUGGAAAGUGACGAGUUUCUGGAGGAUGAGCUACGAGCUGCACUGGAGGUUUUGCGGCGCUAUAGUUUGCACUCGAUGAUUGUGGAAUGGUUCAUGGAAGUGUUUCAGGUCGACCUUCAAGGGAAGAUUGCAGCAGAGUUCUGGGACUUUAUUACACAAAGGGAGAACAUGGUGACAGAACAGCAGCGGUCAAAGCUCCUGCACGAUGCCUUUUGCAUGUUAAACCAGAGGCUAGCUCCCUAUAUGCACAGCCUCAAGUAUUUGGAGACAUGGCUGGAAGAAGGACUGAUUAACACUGUGGGACCUGGGACGCUGAGGGACAAAGUCUACAACAUGGUUAAAGCUGUGUUAUUCUUCUCAAGUGUUCAACCUUUCCAGGAGAUUAUUCACGAGUUUUACACUCGUGCGUUCAGUAUCUAUGUGCACCGUGACAAGAGCCUGCGGACUAGAGACAGUUUGAGUGAAGAAGAUGAAGGAGGUGUGGAUGAUAUGGACAUGAUGACCUGCGCCGGCUGCUGUUCAGAGAAGGAGAAGUGUUGGUGUGGCACCGCCAUGGACCAGUUUACACAAGUCAACCGCACACUGCAUUUGCUGAACCUUUUGGAGCGUAUCAGUGCGGAUGCGAUCACCACCAUCUUGCACAAGAUGAUUGAGGAGCACGUGGCCAGGCUGUGUCGGGGCGAGUAUGAAAAUUCCUUUCUGGCUCAGCUUGAGGAGUGGUUGGAAUCGAAGGUCAUCUGUUGGCUGAGCAUGGUGUUCCUGCAGAAGUCCAGCAUUAAAUCAGCAUCCCCUCAAACAAGCAGCACCCUGCAGCGCUGGAGAAUACACCUGCAGUUUUUCCUAUAUCAAGUUUAUGCAAAUAUGAGGAUUGAGGAGCUGUUCAGCAUCAUACGAGACUUCCCUGAAUCCAAGGCUGCAUUGCAGGACCUGAAAGUAUGUCUUGAGAGGACAAACCAGAGACAGCAGCUGCUGUCAUCGCUGAAGAUGGCACUAGAGACCAGGCUUCUGCACCCAGGAGUGAACACUGCUGAUGUGAUCACGCUGUACAUUUCUGCAAUCAAGGCCCUGCGUGAGUUGGACCCAUCCAUGGUGAUUCUGCAAGUGGUGUGUGAGCCAGUCCGCAAGUACCUGAGGACACGUGAGGACACAGUGCGGCAGAUAGUGGCCGGUCUGACUGAUGACUCCGAGGGCUCCAGUGAUCUGGCCCAUGAGUUAUCCAAGGCAGACCCCAUCACUCUGGAGCAUGGGCAGGACAGUGAUGAUGAUAUGUCUGAUCCAGAGGACUGGCUUCCCGAUCCUGUCGAUGCAGAUCCAGGUAAAUCUGGUUCAAAGCGGAGGUCUUCUGACAUCAUCACCUUGCUGGUCAGCAUUUAUGGCAGUAAAGAGCUUUUUAUCAAUGAAUAUCGUACACUGUUGGCUGACCGCAUACUCCAUCACUUCAGCUACAUCACCUGCAGGGAGAUACGGAACCUGGAGUUACUGAAGCUGCGCUUUGGAGAGGCACAGAUGCACUUUUGUGAAGUCAUGUUAAAGGAUGUGGCCGACUCUCGACGCAUAAACAGCCAUAUCCAUGAAGAGGAACAUGAAGGGCCCCUACACCUGAAUGCAAUGAUACUCUCCGGGGAGUUUUGGCCUCCACUGAAAGAGGAAAAGUUGGAGCUCCCUCCUGAAGUGAAAGAAGCAAUGGAUGCUUACACCAAGAAGUAUGAGAAGUUGAAAGCCAUGAGGUCUUUGAACUGGAAGCCUCAUUUGGGGAAUGCAGACCUGGAGAUUGAGCUGGCUGACCGGACUCUGUCCGUAUCCGUGACUCCUGUGCACGCUGCCAUUAUUAUGCACUUCCAACAGAAAAGUACGUGGACUCUGGAGGAACUGAGUGAUGUGCUGAAAGUGCCAGUCAUUGCCCUGAGGAGGAAGAUAGCUCUUUGGCAGCAACAUGGAGUCCUGAAGGAAGAUCCUGCUGACACGUUCACAGUAAUUGAGGAAGAACAGAAGGACCAACAGGAGAAAAUGGUGUUGAUCGAUAGUGAUGAGGAGGGUGACUCUGCCAUGGCCUCCCAAGCUGACCAGAAGGAGGAGGAGCUGCAGCUUUUCUGGACAUACAUACAGGGUAUGCUGACCAACCUUGAGAGCUUGCCCCUGGAGCGCAUUCACACCAUGCUGAAGAUGUUUGUGAUGACAGGGCCCGUAUUGACGGAGAUCGACAUGCAGGAGCUCCAAGCUUUCCUGCAGAAGAAGGUGAUGGACCACCAGCUGGUCUAUUCUGCCGGCGUUUACCGGCUCCCCAAAUCCAACUGCUGAGACAGAGCGAGCGUGCACACAAAGAGACUCUCCCGGUUGGACCAGUGCCAGCCCACUGAAGGCAGUCUGCCCACCUGAAACAAGACCUUUGUAUUUAUCCCUGCAACUGCUGUGGAACAUCACACCUAGCUGUCUGUAUGGAACCUCCACAGAAUUUCACAGGCACUGGGUCUGAUUUUGAAGCAGAAACAAGUGGCUUGGGUCAGUUUAACCAACCCUGGAGUAUGCCCUCUCCAUCUAGGAUUACACAGCUCUUUGGCCAGAUCUCAUCUGCAGGAAUUAAACCAGUGACAAAGUAUGCCUCUGGAUGUUGCAAGGCUCCUCUAUGGGGCAUGGGCCACUGCAACGUGGUGGUUAUUCUCUCUGUUCUGUUGUUUCUCAUACUGGGCCUUAUUCUGUUGUUCUGGAAUUAUUACUGCACUGUUGUUCAGCAUUUAUGUGACAACUAAUGGUUAAUGUCAUUCCAAAAAUGUAACUAAACUGCCAGCUGGAACAAGCUGGGAUGUGGAUUCAAGACUUUGCAUGUUAAUAGGCCUUUUUCACGGGGCGACUUGAUGCAAGAUGUGACCAGAGUGAAGUGGUCGUGGUCUAGCACGAUACCACACGAUAUAACGGGGGGGUAGACAAAGAGUUCCCACGGUACUCGGCAUUUCUGUUAUUUGUGCGAGUGACUUGUCCGUCUC